CUUUUUCAACAAAAACGCUAAGCUUUCUCCACGAGGUGAAACGGCACAGUUUCAGUUCAUCACCGACUCUUUCAAUUCAAAAGCCCUAGCAUUUCUGCUUCGCUCAUCCACUCUCACCAUGUCUUCUACUGCAACAGCCCAAUCCUCCGCUCCGGUGAAGGUUUCGAAGUUCGCCGCGGCGUCGAAGGCCGGCUUCGUGAUUCCGAAGAACAAGUUGUCCGGUUCGCUGGUUCCGGUCCUUAAGGGUGCAAAAAAACCGGGAAGCAAUGAUGUCGAUAGUGCGGUCACUGAAGAAAAAAGUGUAAACAAGGCUCCGAGGAAGACCAAAUGGGGACCCGAUCUAACGGAGGAUACGGGCGUUAGAAGGGGAAGAUUGUUGGCUUAUCAGACUCGGGUUGAUCAAAUUGCGCAGCAGAUGAGAUUGGGAAUUCCAGAAGUUAAGGACAAUCAAGAUUCACAAUUAGCUGAUCAGCAUGAUGAUCAGAGGUCUUUGAAUCCUCAAAUUGAUAGUGAGAAGUUAAAACUUUUGGAGAUUGAGAAGCGGGAAGUUAUUGGUGAGAUACUGAAAUUGAACCCAAGCUACAAGACCCCACCAGAUUAUAAACCUUUGCUGAAAGAGGCAAUAGUUCCCAUCCCUGUAAAAGACUACCGAGGAUACAAUUUUCUUGGUCUAAUAUUUGGACCUGCAAGUGAUACUCAGAAGCGGUUGGAAAAGGAAACCGAAACAAUAAUACAAGUUUGUGGCACCAAACCAGAUACAGGAGAGAAGGUUGAAAUAUCUCCAUCUGAUGAGAAUGUACAGAGUACAUUUGAAGAGUUGUACAUUAAUAUCUCAGCUGACACAUAUGAGAAAGUUGAUGCAGCGGCAGACCUUAUUGAAUUGCUAGUCAAUUCAGUAUCAGAAAAUUUAGCUGCUAUUUCCACAUCUACUUUGGUUUCGGGGGAAAAUUCAAAUACUCUUAGUCAAGGCCAGGAUGAAGCUAACCCAUUUUUGAUCCAUGGUGCUGCUGUAAAUCAGGGAGUAGCGCCAGUGGUUGGACCCAUGCAAACUCCUGUUCAAGUUCAGUUUCAAUACCAAAACCCGUGGUUUACUUCAGGUCCACCUCAGACUCCGAUACAUCCUCUGAAUUCUUCAGCACCUGUUCCCACCAAUCCUGUGAACACGGUUUCACCAUUUGGGCCUCGACCAGCUGGAUUCACUUCAACUUUUCCAAACUCACAAAUUGUCCCUCAAAAUUCACUGCCACCUAUGCAAGUUCCUCAUCCAUAUAUGCCACAGAUCCAUUCUUUGGGUCAUACUGGUUCAUCAGGUAAUUUUGCAAUGCCAUCUCCACAAACUUCCUCAGCUCAACUGCAAGGAGGACCUUUAAUCCCUUCAUUGCCCCAAGCUGUGUCAAGUAUUCCACCUAGACCACUACCUGACCGGCCAUUGACCCCUCCAGGGAACCCUUCUGGAUGGCCAGGAGCAUCUUUAGGUUCAAGCAACAUGGGACAAUUGGCUCCAGUAAUGGUUCCUCCCCAGGGUCCUCGUCCUGGAGUUUCACAACCAGGUGUUGCAUCCAAUGCUCUUCCAAAUAUGUCAGUGGGCAGUAUGGUUUCUCCUUUUCCAUCUGGGCCAUCCAGCACAGCCCUAAAUCGUCAUGUAGGACCUGUUUUUCCUUCUGGUCCUCCGCCACGAGUGGGACCUUCUCCAGCAUUUCCUGCUUCUGCUCCUAUGCAAUCUUCACCAUUUGUGCCAAUGGCAGCUUCAUCAGGUCCAUCCAUAAUACCACCUAACUUUUCUCCUGUCAAUCCACCCACUGGAACACCUUCAAGACCUCAACUCCCAGGUUCUGGUGAUUUUACUUUUCAACCUCACCGGCAACAAAAUCUAGCCCCUUUAACAGUACCCAGGCCAAGCAGUCAGCCUGCGGUGAUGAAUACUCCACCCCAUAGACCAAUGGGGCUACUGCCAAGCCCUCAGGCUCCAUCUUUUCGACUGACUGGUCCUAUUGCCACUGCUCAAACUGUCAUGCAAGGUUUUCCUCGGCCACAGGUUGGCGACCAGGUAGGUCAACCUCAAGCUCCUAUGUUUGCAAACCCAAAUGCAGCAUUUGCAAAUGUAAGUCAUGUUGCUCCUACAACUCUAGUUUCUCAAAUGAUACCGAGGAACUUUGGUGUGGGUCCACAAGUGCCCAAUCUAGCUGGUCCUUUCCUUCCUAGGCCAGGAAAUUCUUUGCAGCUUCAGCAUAAUUAUCCAGCACCAGCAAACCGACAUGAAAACCACAGAGGUCUAAUUCAGCAGUUUGGAAACAGUCGCCCCUUCACAUCUGAUAAGCUGGCACCAAGUCGUCAAGGACCACAGAUAUAUGAUCCAUUUUCACCCACUUCUAGCUCUAUUCCACCUCAACAGCAGGGAGCUAAUCCAACAAUGACCAGAAAACAGGAGAAUGAUCCGGAGUAUGAAGAUCUGAUGGCUUCAGUUGGAGUGAAAUGAUUAUGGUAUUGCUUUGGCUAAAAUGAAUUGGUUGAUAGAACAAAUGAGAAACUAAACGAAAUUUUACAGGUAUGUUUCUGAAGUUGUAGUUUCUGAAAGUAGAAUUAAAUUAAAGCAUAUUUCAUCUGUGAUCACUGAUUCUCAAAUAGUUUCCUGCUUCUUUUUAGGUUUGCUUAUGCUGAUUAUUCAAUGUGAAAACGGUUGUAACAGUAGGCAAACAAAAUUAUUAUCAAUCUUGUAUCUCAAGCAAUAAAGCAGUUGAUUUGUUAAUAUUAAAA